GGCUUCCCGCGGCGCAGCCCGCAUCCCCGCGAGGCGCCGGCGAGGGCGGCUCGCCCGCAGUAGGCGCUGCGGGGCGCCGGGUGCGGAGCGCGGCGCAGCGGCAGCUCUCAGGCUGGCCAUGGCGAGGGGCGCACGGCGGCCACCUGAGUGGCGAGGUGGCGUCAGGUUCUUCAUCAAGAACCAACUCUAUGGAUCCAGGACAGGUUUGUCCCAUGGCCUGCUCUGAACAGCCAGUUGUCUGAUAGAAGAUUCCAUUGGCAAACCAUCUCUGUUGCCUUACAGAGCAAGCAAAGAAGAUGGAGCAAUUGAAGAGCCAUCUGCCUGUGUGCUUGCUACCUUCUGUGCCCUUUCUAAUCCUAACAUCCACUCUAGCGACUGCGAAGAGUGCGACUAACAGCACUUUAAAUGGCACUGACGUGGUCUUGGGCUCUGUGCCCGUAAUCAUUGCCAGAACUGACCAUAUCAUAGUCAAAGAAGGAAGCAGUGCCUUGAUUAAUUGUAGUGUUUAUGGCAUCCCUGAUCCACAGUUCAAGUGGUAUAAUUCCAUUGGCAAGCUGUUGAAAGAAGAGGAUGAGAAGGAGAGAGGAGGAGGAAAAUGGCAGAUGCACGACAGCGGCCUCCUGAACAUCACCAAGGUGUCUUUUUCAGACAGAGGUAAAUACACAUGUGUUGCUUCUAACAUCUAUGGCACUGUGAACAACACGGUGACCCUGAGAGUCAUCUUUACCUCUGGAGACAUGGGCGUCUACUACAUGGUCGUCUGCCUCGUGGCUUUCACCAUCGUCAUGAUUCUCAACAUCACCCGCCUGUGCAUGAUGAGCAGCCACCUGAAGAAGACCGAGAAAGCCAUCAAUGAGUUCUUUAGGACAGAAGGUGCAGAGAAGCUGCAAAAGGCAUUCGAGAUCGCCAAGCGGAUCCCCAUCAUCACCUCAGCCAAAACUCUAGAGCUUGCCAAAGUCACCCAGUUCAAAACCAUGGAGUUUGCCCGCUAUAUUGAAGAGCUUGCCAGAAGUGUGCCUCUGCCUCCUCUCAUUAUGAACUGCAGGACUAUCAUGGAGGAGAUUAUGGAAGUGGUUGGGCUGGAGGAGCAGGGGCAGAAUUUUGUGCGGCACACUCCAGAAGGCCAGGAGGCCCCCGACGGGGAUGAGGUUUACACGAUCCCAAACUCUCUGAAGAGAAGUGACUCCCCCACCGCCGACUCGGACGCCUCCUCGCUGCACGAACAGCCUCAGCAGAUUGCCAUCAAGGUGUCCGUUCACCCACAGUCCAAAAAACAUCACAUGGGUGACCAAGAGGGUGUACAGUUUGGAGUCAAAGAUGAAGAGGAGACAGAACCAUCAGCUGAACGUUCCCCAGAAACUGCAGAACCUUCUACAGAUGUAACAUCCACGGAGCUAACGUCGGAAGAGCCUACGCCUGUUGAGGCAUCAGAUAGAGUCCUGCCACCAGCUCACCUGGGAGCUACAGAGGCGGCAGUGGCACAUGACAGAAACACCUGCAUUAUUUAUGAAAGCCAUGUCUAAUAUCAACUCCGAAAAGCUAUGCAUAUCAAGAAAAUCAGGGGCUGCUCCUUGUGGUACCAAUGUAGUACGCACUUGCCGCUAAGCCUUACCAGGACUCUCAUCCCUUAGGUAGGAGAGAUGCCAUGUCCAAAGGGGAAGCACUUGCGUGCAGUUGCUGUGACUGGAAUUUCCCCAGUAGAAAAGGAUGCGGGAAACAUCAGGGUGCAGAAUUGAUACUGCUGGACAGAAAGUGUCUGUCCGUGUGAUACGAAUUUUAGAGGCUGUCCUCUGCCAAAUACCUUAAUUGGUGAUGCCCUUUUGGCAAUGAGUACACUACUGUAAGAUAUUCUGAGUUCAAGAGCCCUGUCUGAUGCACACUGCAUUGCUUUUCCUUUAAAAAAUUAUAGGUCUGCUACAAUAGCAAAUGCACGUACGUGGGUUUGUUGCACUUUCUUCUCAUUUUUUAUGCCUUUCACUGUUCCUUUAUAAUGGAGUACUUGUUGUUUUAAUACUAAUUGUUCUUUCUGGCUUAGUCUUCUUUGCCACUUUGUCCUUAUUUUCCCCUAGAACAUUUACCUCAGAGGCUUUGGUGUCAGUCAUCACUACCAGGACUGAUAUCUACAAGUCAUUUAUAAUGUUCCAAAUAGUUACUAGGCUCAUUACUUUUGCUAUUCCCCAGGCCUAUUUUCAUACAUUGCUUUUUUUGUUUCCAGUGAAGCUGCAGUUGUGAAACUGAGAAAAACUUUGCCCAGGAAUAGCACUUUAAUAGGCAAAUAAAACUGUGUUUACCUGUCCAUUUCUGAGAGCAUUUUGGUGAGCUUAGCUGAGGUUGGAGGGAAAUUGUGAAAGGUUGAAUAUACCUGUUCUACCCAUGAAAACUGCUGUUUUUACAUUUAAGUACCAUCACCCUUCAAACAAAGACUGAAUCUUUAUCUGGGAAAUUUAUUGCUUCCAAAGACAGAGAUGUUUGCUGAAUCCCUCUUGGUUGUAGAAUAUUGGCUUCCCAGAAGGGCUUACAGGGACCAUAUGCCAUCGGGUGACUCAGACACUUGAUUUGGGGCAGCAAAUGUAAGGAUCUGUGAAGUCAUGUGACCAGAUCCACUUUUGUGAACUGAGUAGCUGACUUGUUGGUUCUUAAAGGAAAGAGUGAAAGGUUAGAAUGAUGGCAUAAAUGUACCAUCAAAUUUGAUGCCAAAAGUAUUGAAUUAGUUUGUAGUCUCACAAGAAAGCAGUUAUAUGUGAGGCAGAAUGAUUUUAUGGAAAGAAAACAAAACUAGUCGUCUGAAGGCCAACACCUUUCCUGACUGUGCCAAUAACCGGCUGCUUGGUUUUAGGCAAGUCUGGGUCUCAGUUUCCUUAUCUGGCAGAGGGGGCAGACCAGAUGAGCUCUGUCUGAGUGCCAUUUAAAUGGCCUCACUCUCUCACGGAUCCAAACCAAUAUUAUCAUCCUUACUCUUUUUCACAGUUAUGUUAAAGAUUUUCACUUUCAUCUCUGGGUUCACCUAAUGUUUUUUAUGCUCAUUACUUAAAUAAAGAGGAUCAGUUUCAAAUAAUCAUAGCGUUUUAAGCAAGUCGUGGAUCUUCUCCCCUAAAACAUCAUUAGGACCACUUCUGCAGUAUAGAUUUAAUCGUGGUGAGAAUGAGUGGUGUUAUUUCAUUUUCACUUAGGAGCAGGGGAGACACUAACCUUAAAGUAAUUAUCAGGGUCAUAGCCACAUCAAGUGAUGGGGUCAUGACAUUGUAGGUUACGUGGACCAUGUUGGUCAUGAGAGAGCAGACCCAGAUGUUUAGUUCUCACUCUGUCACUAUCUGGAUAAGCGACCUUGGACAACUCUCUUCCCCUCCCUA